AUGAAGAGCACCAUUUACUUCGCUUUCUUUGCUCUCAUGCGCGUUGCUCUUGCCGUACCCCCGACCCCACGCGAACUCUGUGGUACAGGCGGGACCGUCAUCAACAGCACCACCGUCCAUCACAACGGACUCGACAUCAACAUCAAGACUACCACUUGUCCCACCCUUAUUGCCUCGGCGAACAGCACCAGUGCUCGCGCGGAGAAAAGGGAAGAGGAGGAGAGACAGACUGCGUCGUGUUCUGAUGGUGGAUGCACUACCUACUGUUUGAACCUCGGCGAACAGCCUUUCGUUUUCGACUGUCAGACGCUCGCGGACGCACUCGAGGAUCUUUACCCCGAGAGCUUCCUCGCCCCGCCGCAAACCUCUAGCGAAUUCUCCAUCGAUACGUGCGCGUUUGCGUUCCUCAACUACGACGUGGAGGAGUAUAGCGUCUGUUACUUGAACUUCGGCUUCAACGGCAUUAUCACUGCAGAUAACUGUUUCGGUGACUGGCCCGCGCCGACGGCCACUGCUGGCGGAGCUUGUCUCUCCCCUGGCUACGCGGGGAAUGACUGGGCUAUCGAGUGA